UUAUCGCUUACACACUAGGAUACUGUACAACAUAUUUACCCGUCUUUCUCCAUAAGGCACCAAAGGCAACUGGACCAUUGUGGCGAUACCACAAUGGGUUGUAUACAAAGCUUUAGGCAAUGCUGUGACCGGCCGAAAAAUACAAAUGUCCGAAUUAGUCUUCCAGCAGUGUGUUUCGUAUGGCAAAUUGCCAUGAUCAUCUUAUUCGGCAUUUUUAUCCGUUAUGACCAGCAAUCCGACGCACAUUGGAUUGAGUAUAGAAAAUCUCAAAACAUAUCCAGUGACAUUGAGAACGACUUCUAUUUCAGAUACCCAAGUUUCCAGGACGUCCAUGUGAUGAUCUUUGUGGGCUUCGGUUUCCUCAUGACCUUCCUGAAGCGCUACAGCUUUAGUGCCGUGGGCUUCAACUUCCUCAUCGCCGCCUUCGGCCUUCAGUGGGCUCUGCUGAUGCAGGGCUGGUUCCAAUCUCUGGACCCCAUGGACGGCAAGAUCAAGAUCGGCAUGGAGAGUCUGAUCAAUGCAGACUUCUGUGUAGCCAGCUGCCUGAUAGCGUAUGGGGCUGUGCUAGGCAAGGUGAGCCCAGUCCAGCUGAUGGUGAUGACACUGUUUGGAAUCACUCUGUAUGCUGUGGAAGAGUUCAUUAUCCUCAACCUCAUACAUGCCAGGGAUGCUGGCGGCUCCAUGGUGAUCCACACAUUCGGCGCUUAUUAUGGUCUGUCCAUCUCGUGGAUGCUGUACCGGCCCAACCUGGACCGGAGCAAGCGUCUGAAUGGCUCUGUCUACCACUCUGACGUCUUUGCCAUGAUCGGAACCCUGUUCCUGUGGAUGUUCUGGCCUAGUUUUAACUCGGCCAUCACGAACCACGGGGAUGGGCAGCAUCGAGCGGCCAUCAACACCUACCUGGCCCUGGCCUCCACCGUCCUCACCACCGUCGCCAUAUCCAGUCUCUCCCAGAAGGCUGGCAAGCUGGACAUGGUUCACAUCCAGAACUCCACGCUGGCAGGGGGUGUUGCCGUGGGAACGGCAGCAGAGUUCAUGCUAAUGCCUUAUGGGUCUCUGAUCGUAGGGUUCUGCUGUGGCAUCAUCUCCACCCUGGGCUACAUCUAUGUCACGCCAUUCAUGGAGAAGUAUCUGAAGAUCCAGGACACGUGUGGCAUCCACAACCUCCAUGCCAUGCCUGGGGUCAUAGGGGGCAUCGUGGGCGCCAUCACUGCUGCAGCUGCCAGUGAAGGGGUCUAUGGCAAGGAAGGGUUGAUAAACACGUUUGACUUCAAGGGGGAUUGGAAAGACAUGGUGCCGACCCGGCAGGGAGGACACCAGGCAGCAGGGCUCUGUGUUGCCCUCUGCUUUGGAGUUGGAGGAGGAAUCAUUGUUGGCUGUAUCCUGAGGUUACCUAUCUGGGGGGAUGCUCCUGAUGACAACUGCUUUGAUGAUGAUCUCUACUGGGAGUUACCUGAGGAUGAAGAGAGCAUUCCACCUAUCCUGGAGUACAACAACCACAUGCAGAACAGGGAUGCUACAGAAUCAGAUUUCUCUAUGGAACAGAGUCAGAACUGACACUAGAGCCUGAUGUCAUCUCCCCCCUACACCAACUGAUGGUCCGAUCCUACACCGACUCAUGCUGUACAGAAACCACUCCUCUCCUCCUCACCACUCUGUAUACUGUUCUGUUAUGUUCAUGGAAUUUAUAGUCAAUCUUUUCUACUUUACAUGGAAUCACAACAAGAACUCCCUGAGAAACAGUGACAAUUGUUAUCUUUGUUUAAUGAAAUCACAUUGGAAAAUAAUACAAUAACCAGACAGAAAUAAUGGUGCCAUGUUUUAUCACCAGUCAGGCCUAAGUCGAAUCCCAAGCAGGUAACCCUACAUCAUUGAUAUUAACAGUAUGAUAGGUGACACAUUGUCAUUGUGUCACCUUACCAAAAAAAGACCACAGGCCAAACCUCCGGUGAUGCUGGUGCGAGAGGAAUUAUUGUAAUAAUCAGGAUUUGUGGAGAUUCCGUCCUUUUUGACAGGUAUACUCAAAUAAAAUUGUCACAUGCUUUGUAAACAACAGGUGUAGACUAACAGUGAAAUGCUUACUUACGGGCCCUUCCCAACAAUGCAGAAGCAGAAUUGGUCAGGAGCCCUAAGACGGCAGCUAUCUACUUCAGCGCCAUCUUCAAUCUUCUACUGUAUGUCAUGUUUUGUUUGUUUAUAGCUUAGGUUGAUGUUUUUUAGGUCCAGUUGGUUUUAUGGUUUAUCCAAAUGGCACUAUGGAAUUUCAGCUCAAGCUUUCAUAAUUUAGUCAUAGAACCUGAUUCAAUUUGCAUCUCUGCAUUCAAGGAGUGUAAAGUAUAUUUAUGACUGUAGAGAAAGGGGUACAUUACAGGUGUUUAAAGUGAGAUGUGAAUUUGAUUAAACUAAAUCAAGGCAAAUAAAAAAGAACUGCUGCGUUUGGACGUCUUCACUUAUAACCUGUUUGUUUUACAUCUUUUAUCUAUUGUUCAUUCUAAUCUGUACGUUAUGAAGCAUUUUAUUAAAUCUAGCUACCCAUUUGUGCAACCUCCUCACGAAGUGUUUGAUGAGACUAUUAUUGUAGCCUAGUAGGUCUACAGUGUAGUAGGUCUUCACGGGUCCCCCCAAACCCGAAUACCCGAGAGGGUCCGGGUCCAAAAAUCCUUAUUGUCAUCAG